CACGGAGAAGCCAACAGCAAGUCUUGGAGGACAGCCCCCCCCCCCCGAAGCCUUGCUUCCAGGAGCUCUCAGUGUCCAGAGUAAAGAAAAGGAACCCCAGUGACGACUGAAGAACGUUAGUUGACCCUUUGACCAGUACUAGGUCUACCAGUGGAGGGUGUUAAAGUGAACCAAGUUGUAUUUGAUAGGCUCGUUCUGAUCCCUCUUUAUCUGAGCACUGUCGAUUAUGGUUCUCAUUUCGCUGCUGGGGGUGGGGGGGGUGGACAGUGAGUUUGCCUGGAGCCACUCAGCAGAUCCCUGACUGAGCUGCCCCUCUGAAUUCCCUGCCCUCAAGGACAACCUUGUGCACAGGAAUCUUUGGUGCAACUGCAGGGGUGCAAUAGUAUUUUUCAAAAGCUCACGCCAUUUUUUAAAGAAUGGGUAUAACAUCUAGAAAGGGAGUAGCCCAGAAAGAAAAGCACCAGGUAGCUUUCUUAGCCUAAUGCUGUUUUUCCAGACACAGUAAGGUUUCUUUCCCCAUGGGUGAGCUUUCAUUUUUGUGCCCCCUCUCCCAAACUCUGAAAUUCCAGGAUUUUCCCAGGUGAUUCUGCUGGACACGUAGGCAAGUUCAAAGUUCAAAGUCAAACACUGUCCAUUGUUUCUGUGAGAAUUCUAAGCUGUGAAGAUGAUAACGAUGCGAACAUUAGUUUAUUUUUAAAACCUGUAUAUCUCCUGCCUUUCUAUUAAAAUAGUCAAAUCAUUAAGGUAGCAGACCAAACAUUUAUAUGACAGCAUAAAGCAGGCAGUUAGCGAUUUGAAAGGACCACAACCAAACACCAUAUUAAAGAGCAGUGCCCAACAAACCCCACCAGGAAAACCACAUACAUUCUCUUGUCUUCCAAGUGAUGAGCAAAAUUAAGCUUCCCUUGGAAGACAGUUCCAAACUCUCCACACUCAUUUAAGGCAUGAUUGUGUAUGUCACAAAUCUCAGGUACACGCAUUCUGCCAUGUUCCAGUCAUAGGUGCUCAGUUACAGGUGUUCACUUUUAGUAUACAGAUGGGUGGGGCUGCCCAUAACUCCAAACUUAGGUAAUUUGGGGCAUCCCACACAGUGCAGGUAGAAUCACUUCUGCUCUCCUCUUACUCUGCAAAACAACUAGAUGAGCAAUUUCAGCUGACUAACGGGGGUAUUUUUGAGAGUGAGGGCUAGAAGCUGAGAUGCUGCCAGGUGCACAUCAGUCCCCAUCCCUCUCUGUCCCCUGGAAUGCCUACAAAAUCCCUUCUUUGACAUCACCAAGAGCCCUUGCAGCUAGUGCAGAAAGACCUUGGAGGAGUAUCCCAACUCGGUUCUUUGUGCACCAGCUGCUACAGGGGAAGGGGGAUCUAAGGGUGGAAUCUAGACAAACCUGUGGCCCUCUCGAUGCUGUCCAGGGGCCAUAGGAUUAUUCUACAUGUGUGGAUGCUCAUUUUCCCUUCUUUAUGGCAUACCUUCUUCUGGAAAACUUAGUGCCUUCUGUGCAUAAGACAUUUUGUCUUGAACUUCCUCCCCCCUUUUGUAGCAUGGCAUUUAAAUAUAGUUUGGCUGCUUUGAUUUUUAUAGUAAAAGAUACCCCUUCACCAAAUGCGUAAGCCCCUGUGUUGGUCCAUUAGAAAAAGAUCCACAGUAGGACAUGAAUCUGCAUUCAGACCAAAAUGGAACCUUGUAAGUGACCCAGUUGCUAUAAGUGACCUGGAACUGUAUGCAGGUGAGUUCUGGGAUUCCAUGCCAGUGAACAGGUGAGCUGGGAAAGGAUGGAAUGUUUCUCUCUUCCCUGUGUCUGCCAUAGGAUUUUUUAAAACUUGGUAUUUCUUUCCUAUUCCCUUUCUGCAAAGAUCAAAGUCCCUGAAAAAACCCUCUGUGUACAUUCUCUCUCUCUCCCUCCCCAGAUUUUUCCAUCAUUACUUUAUCUCUUUAGUCCAGCAUAGAAAUGAACUGUAGUUUCUUUAUAAGGUUUUAGGGGCCUUUUUACAAGGCUGCUAGCUAAAAUGAUAACAAAAAACUUUUGCAUUCUGCAGGACAUGUUUAUUUUUGUUGUUGACUGGUGGGUGCCUUCCAGAAGAUCUUGUCUCUCACUGAUGUAACGCAAGAUUUUUAACAGGCUCCUGUUUCAAAAUAUUACCAAAGCUCUAACACGUUUUACCAGUGUGAAAACUUACAUUAUGGACUGGCCAAGCUUUCCAUUGUUUGGAACCUGUAAGAGCGCAAGUAGACAAAACUGGAUGGCUGCGAGAGAUAUGCAGAAAUACAGGCACCGUUAUCCGGGUUUGGAAGAAACUGAAAGGAGUGAAGACGACAUGUGGAAUCUGAGCUUUUACAAAAAUGAGAUUAAUUUCUUGCCUCGUGGCCUCUAUAUUGAAGACCUCCUCGAGACGUGGCAGAAUGACUACAGCACUUUGGAGGAGAACCAUUCAUACAUUCAAUGGCUGUUUCCUUUGCGUGAGCAGGGAAUGAAUUUCCGUGCAAGGGUACUGACGUGCCAGGAAAUUGAGGCCUUCAGGAAAUCCAAGCCGGUCAUGGAGAGGUUUGUGCGGGCAUACAAGCUCAUGCUGAGAUUUUACGGAAUCAGCCUGAUCAAUGAAGAAACAGGAGAAUUGAACCGAGCAGAGAACUGGCGUGAGAGAUUUGACAACCUCAACCGGUACAGCCAUAACAAUUUGCGGAUCACUCGCAUUUUGAAAUGCUUGGGAGAAAUGGGCUACGAACACUAUCAAGUGCACUUGGUGAAGUUCUUCUUAACGGAGACCCUGGUUAAUCAGGAGCUCCCAAGGGUGCUGAGAAGCACCCUGGACUACUUCAUGUUCACUGUCCGAAACAAGCGGAGACGGCGAGAGUUGGUGCAUUUUGCAUGGCGACACUUCAGGCCGAGACGGGACUUUGUCUGGGGCCCGCACAAGAAACUCCGCAAAUUCAAGCCUCGAUCCCCAGAGUUCCUGCAUGACCAGCAGCUCCAAAGGGACCUGGAGCCUGGUCAGAAGGGAGCAGGAGAGGCUCUGGGGACGGAUGAUGCCAGAUCGCCAGAGGAAGUAAGCCAGAGGCUGGGUGAAGAGUCUGCUUGGAAGGGAGCUGGAGAAGCAGUGGGAAAGGAUACCGCUGAGAUGCAAAAUCUGACCGAUGGAGUAAUAAAUCACGAUCCGGUUGGGCAGCCAGUAUCCACAGCAAGUUCAGAAACGGGCAUUUCACACAACGAUUCUGCACCGGACACAGUUGAUAAGAAAGAGCCGUCCGUCUCGAGGGAAGGCGAUGGAUUGCAGGCUGGAGGUGCUACAGAAUCCCAAACGGUGCUGGUCAGUGAAUGUAAGACCUCAGAAAAGGCAGAGCAGCCUAGCCCCACAUCGGUGGGAGAAGCCAACGCAGAAGAUGGUGUCCAAAAAGGGACCCCAGGUUCUCUCCCCCAGUUGGAAAAAGAAGACCCCGUGGGUGAGUGCGGGAGUGGAAUAGACAGCGAGAGUCUCAAGGAGUCCAAGAAGAGGAAGUUAGAAAUGAGCAGGUUAUUUGGAGAAAGUGCUGGGCUACCGAAAGGCCCCAGUGACAUCGAGAAGAUCUCUCUCAACCUCGAGGAGGUGGUGAUCGGUCAGAAGCUCCUGGACAGCCACCUGUCCACGGAGAAGACGGCAAAUCCGGGAGGACUAGCAGGAGGCAGUGAGGAUCACAGAGAUGAAAAGGAGCCUGACUUGGCCAAUGCAGUGGCAAAACGGCGGAAAGUGGAAGAGACGCCAGAGGGGGAGAGUGCCUGCAAAACACCUGAAAAGGUGGGCGUUGAGGUGGCCGCUCCGGAAGGCCAGAUCGCCAAUUGUGUCGUUCCUACUCUUGCUAGGACAGGUCAGGUUGGCCAAGAUGGAGCGGAAAUGCUUCCUGAUGCUUCUGUGCACACCGUGACCAAGCGUGCAAGUGCCAGUGUGGAUCCACUGGUGAAUCCCACAACGAGCUCUGAGCCUGGGCAGCCGUGGGGCAGUGGUGCCCCAGAUAAAACGGAGGGGCAGCAAACAGCCUCUGCAGUGGGAAGCGUGGGGCCUCAGCCCUGUGGAACCCUGCCAGCGGACGAGCAGGCAGUGGAGAGACUCGGAGAAGGAGAAGCAGGGGGCGUGGAAGAAAAGACCGAAGCUGCUGCCGCUGGGCGUGAAGCUCCUAAAGCAGCAGAGAAUCAGGACUCCCAAGUGCAACCGAAAGAAGGAGAAUAGCCCUGUCACAGGCAGCAUGAAACAGGGUCUACAGGCAGGUAACAGAACCCUUUUGCCAACGGAUGAGAACACCUCCAAGUCCCCUAUGUGCGUGUGUGUGCGUGUGCAUAUAUAUAUAGCCUUGCAUUUGGUUGGUUGUUCUUUUUUGUUUAACUGUCUCCACAGCCACAGCCCUAAAUUGGGUUUUCUUUGCUGGAGAGUGAAAAAACCUCAGGGUGAAGAAUCUCCCAUUUCAGUUGGUGACUUGGCAUUCUGAGUGCUAGAAGAAUGCUUGUGUGUGUUUUCUUUUUAAAUUAUUUCAGACAGCUUUCAGCUGAAAUAGAAUCGGGGGGGGGGGGGUUUGGGAGCUUUUUUAGAGGUUAAAUACAACCUAAGCCAUUUUGUGGGCACAUUUUCCAGUCUUUACUAGAUGAUCCAAAGUAAUUAUUUGUUAAAUUAAUGUUGGUUUUGUUCAAUAAAUGGAUUCACUUUUCGAUGCAAA